AUGCAUGUGUCGGGGGCCGAGGCGGAAGGCUCGCUGCUGCGAAGCCUGCACCUACUCUCCUCGCAGCGCUAUUUGCGCAACCUCCUCGAUGAGGUGUCGCGGCGGCCUCUGCAGUACAGCGAGGCGGAACCAGCUGGCAGCAGCAAUGCGGCAGCAAUGCGGCCCUCCGCUUCGGCGCCCUCUCUGCGCUCGCCCGCGGAUUCGGAGGCGGCGGCCGGCCUCGACGCAGGCGUGGCAGCGACGCUCGCGUCCCUCCGCGACGACCCUCUCUUUUCAGCCUGGCGAGACUCCGCCUUGAACGCCCUCGCGCGGCUCAUGCGGCCGCGACUCCUGCAGAGGUACGACGUGCUGUGGCGGGAGCGGGCGCCGGCGUCGGCCUUCUACAUCAUCGCCUCCGGCUCGAUCGAAUUGCGGCAACGACAGCCUAGCAUGGAGGGCGAGGCGGCGACACGCGAUGUAUCGGUGUGCAAACCGGGCGACCUGAUCGGCCACGCGGCGUUGGUGCUGCGGCCGCGUGGCUGCCCCAUUAAAAGACAGUGCGUGGCGAUGGCGGCCGAGCGAACAUGGCUACUUGGCGUGAGCAGGCCAGACCUCGAGGCGUGUGCACCCGUGAGAGAGGCGCUCUUCUGGCACGGGAGCGGGCGCAGGGCGGAGGCGCUCGAGAUUGCGGCGAUGCUGCGCCGCAGCGCAUCGCCCCUCUUUGGCGAGGCCUCCCCUUCGGACCUCCUCGAGCUCGCCGGCCGCUUCGCCUUUGGUCAGCAGCUGCAGGCCGCCGGCGCAGCACCGGCUUGCUUCUCGAUCCUCGUAGCGGGCACGGUCGCUAUGUCCCGGACGGCCGCAGACGGAGCCGACUCCGCGUGGACGCUCACAGAGGCGUCCGCCUCGCCUUUCCUUGGAGAGGAGGUCGUGCUAGCGGGCUACUCGCCCGCCGCGCCGGUGCGCUGGGCCGCCGUCCUUCCCGCCCAAUACCCGCCCGCUUCCUCGCCGACUUUGCCACCACCGUCCCCCGUCCCCGGAUCCACCCCGCUUGUGCGCGAGUAG